AUGGUUGAGCAGUGUCGAAAAAGACUUGCCAGAGAAAGGCAGAGAAAUUUAAAAAGAAGAAGAAAAGUUACUAAUGCAGAACCAAGAGUGGAAGUAGAAAUCAUGAAUACAACCCUAAAUAAUGAUAAUAUUAGGUCAGUAGAAGUGGAAGUCUCUAUUACUACAAAUAUGACUAAUAUUCAAAUUAAUCAAAGACAAAAUUGGAUAACACGUUAUAAGUUGGGAAGGAUGGAUCAAACAUGUGCCUAUUGUGAGGCUAAAUUUUGGAUGGAAGAAAAAGAUCAUAAAGAAGAAAGAUGUUAUUUAAGAACCUUAUUUACCUAUGUGAAAGGUGCUACUAGCUUUGAUCAUUUGAAAACUGUAAAUGAAUAUUUGUGUGCAAGCUUCAAAGAAGCUUGUAUUCGUCUUGGCCUUCUUCAAGAUGAAACCGAAUGGAAUGCAUAUUUAUUAGAGGCAAGUAGGAAUCCUAAAAUAUUGUGGAAUAAUCACAAAGUGGUAUUGUGUGAAGAUAUUUUAUAUAGAGAACAUCAAUUAACACAAAAUCAAGAUAAAAUAAUAAGUAAAAGAAUUGAAUGGGAAGCGCUUCAUCAAUUAGAAUGCUAUCUUAUAUUAAAUGAUAAAUUAUUAAAAAACUUUCCUAAUAUGCUAUUACUUCCAGAAAAGAUGCUAAAUUCUAACUAUAAUGAAGAUUUGGACCAAUUAAUACAGAAAGAGAGGUCGUAUAAUGCUAUUGAAAAUGAAGCCAAGUGUUUCUUUGUAGAUAGUCCAGAUAGGAAAUUGUCGGAUCUUAUUGAUUUCAUCUAUCCCAAUUUGGUCAAAAAUUCUAGUAAUAUAAAUUAUAUUGUUAGUAGAGCUAUUUUAACACCAAAAAAUGAUAACGUUGAGAAUAUAUCGAGUUUGAUAAUGGAUCAGUUUCCUGGAGAACUUUAUACAUAUCCUAGUACAAAUGAUGUAAGUUUAAUGGAAGAUGUAAUACAAAACAGUCUCAAAUAUAUUCACCAGAAUUCUUAA